AUGUGGAAGAAAAAGCUCGAGGCGGACGCGCACCUGGGAGCGCGGCGCGUGGCGCGCAAGAUGCAGAAGUGCGGCUUCGGCGCCAAGUUCGUGGACUUCAAGAUCAUCAACUGUCUGGCGGUGGCCUAUUUACCCUUCGGUGUCCGCAUCGACCUCCUCAAGGACGCCUACCCGCACCAAGUCCAGUAUGAGCCGGACCUGCACCCGGCGGCCUCGUGGAAGCUGCCGGAAGUGGGCGGCCAGAUCCAGGUCUUUCAAACAGGCAACACCACCAUCACCGCGCCGAACGCGUUGAGUGCGCGCAAGACGCUGGCCAGCAUCUACGCCAAGCUGUACGAGUUCCGCAAGCCCAGGGACAGCGUCGAGUUGUCGCGGACGCCCGCGGGAGCGCGCAAGGGGCGGAAACGCGGUCUAUCCAGCGGCGAGGCGGACGCGGAGGUGGACGAGUUCCAGGCGGAGCUGAAGGCCUUCAAGCUGGACGGCGACGAGGAGGAGGACGAGGACGACGACGAGUGACUGACUGACUGUUCAACAGCAGUCGCCUCCAGGUUCCUGCUUGCUCAACCCGGCGCCUCCUCUCAUCCUUCUCGAGCGUGCACCGCGGCGCCCGGCACUCCUCGUCCUUGGCCGCCCUCCAUCCCGAAUCCCAAUCGCCUCCCGGGGCGGCCAGUUGUGACCCUCCCCCGACGCUGGCGGGGAAGUGCGCCUCACUGAUUUGAUAACGAGCCUCUGGUUCCAUUUGUUUAUAUUGUAAUCUAACUGCGCAGUCGCUCCUAUUUAUUGCCGCGUUUUAUCUAACGUGUAAACAGAUUUGUGGUGCAACCGGGCGCCUCGAUUUUAUCGCCCACUCGUUUCCUCAAAUGUCAACUGUAGAGGUUACGCGAUGUUUGAAAACCGGAAUUAAUUAGUACCUGUGGGUUGUUUGGAAGAGGCACUAUUUCAUAUUCGAUUUACAUUAAUUUUUUUAUCAUUAGUAACUGUUGAUGCGUGUUCGGUUGGUUCAACUUGGUUGUAAAGACGCAUUUACAACCUGGAAUGGUUCUUGUAAUUUUUUAUUAGUUUUAAGACAAGUAAUGAAGA